AUGAAUACUGCCAGACUCGACAAAUCAAUCCAUGAUCUCCGCCAGGCUAGUCCAGGCAAUAUAAUCAACCAUUGAUCAGUGGAGCUUAGGUUAGCAGGAAGGAAGAGGCGAUAGAGAAACAGCUGCUGAUCACAAGUCGGGAAAGAGAAAGGGUGAAACGCUGAGCACGAUUGCAAAUUAAGCAGUUAAGGAAUGAAGACAUAUGCUUGCUUGAAGUUUUAAUAUUAAACCUAGCAUUUUCGAUACCGUCCUCUGGAACAGAAAACUCACAGCACACAGAUCCUGAUGCAGAAAGUGAAACUCCUAUGAUCAUCUGCAGUUUUCAGUAAAGAUUCAGAACCACACUGUGCCUUGCAGCAGUUCCAUUAAGGCCGUUUACAUCUGAAGAUUUACACUUUGAAAGACAUGCAAGUUUCUGAACCUCGCUAACCGUCAGGAAGCAGGAGAGGAAAAGGGAGGGACAUGGAGCCUGCUGCAGAGUCACAAGGGGAACCUGAAAGAACUCUGCAACAUGGAGAGAUCAAAGACCACCUUGGAACAUCAACUGCCUUAAUGACCAGUGAUGAAGCUCAGCCUGUGACUCCUGGAAAGAUGAGCCAUCGCCAGGGGAAAGAAGGGCAUCCUAUCCAGACUAAAGAGCUACUACAGCCCAGCGCACUGAGCCCGGGGGUCAGCUGCAGCAUUGGUUUCGAUAGGGGAAAGGAUGAUGUUUUACAGCCCAAAGAGGACUCUACCCUUUCCAUGUCUAAAAGCAAGUCUGAAUCAAAGCUCUACAAUGGUUCUGACAAGGAGGUUUCAUCCACAGAGAGCAAACUUACGAAGAAGGAGUCUCUUAAAGUACAGAAGAAGAAUUACAGAGAAGAAAAGAAGAGGGCGACUAAGGAGUUACUCAGCACCAUCACAGACCCCUCGGUGAUUGUCAUGGCAGACUGGCUGAAGAUCCGGGGCACACUGAAGAGCUGGACGAAGCUGUGGUGUGUGCUGAAGCCGGGCGUGCUGCUGAUCUACAAGACUUUGAAGAACGGCCAGUGGGUCGGCACGGUGCUGCUCAACGCCUGCGAGCUCAUAGAGCGCCCAUCCAAGAAGGACGGCUUCUGCUUCAAGCUGUUCCACCCCCUGGAGCAGUCCAUCUGGGCGGUCAAGGGUCCGAAAGGGGAAGCUGUAGGAUCCAUCACUCAGCCUUUACCCAGCAGUUACCUGAUCUUCCGGGCUGCUUCCGAGUCAGAUGGCAGGUGCUGGCUGGAUGCUCUGGAGCUGGCACUGAAAUGCUCAAGCCUCCUGAAGCGCACCAUGAUCAGGGAAGGCAAGGAGCUGGAAGUGGGAUCCUCGGGAGAGCACUCCCAGGUCAACUUGUACAGCCUGCUGCGAGCCAGCAACCUGCAAGGACCUGACAGCUUCAACUUCAAUGACAGCGAAAUCGAGACGCAGCACUUCAGGGACCACGACCUUUACUCAGACAAGUCGGACCGGGAGAACGAGCAGGACCACGAGGAGUCGGACAACGAUGGGCUGGAGAAGAGCGAGGAGAGCGACACAGACACCUCGGAGCGGCAGGACGACUCUUACCUGGAACCUGAGCCCAUCGAGGUUCUGCGCGAGACCACCUACCUGGAGCAGUCUCGCGAGGAGCUGGGGGAGGCUGGGGAGGCCUCUCAGACAGAGACAGUGUCCGAGGAGAACAAGAGCCUGAUCUGGACGUUACUGAAGCAGGUGCGUCCAGGGAUGGACCUCUCCAAGGUGGUGCUGCCUACGUUCAUCCUGGAGCCUCGCUCCUUCCUGGACAAGCUCUCGGAUUACUACUAUCACGCCGACUUCCUCUCCGAGGCUGCUGUUGAAGAAAAUGCCUACAAUCGACUGAAGAAGGUUGUGAAAUGGUACUUGUCUGGAUUUUACAAAAAGCCACAGGGACUGAAGAAACCUUACAAUCCAAUUCUUGGUGAAACAUUCAGAUGUUUGUGGAUUCAUCCCCAGACAAGCAGCAAGACAUUUUACAUUUCUGAACAGGUGUCCCAUCAUCCGCCAGUGUCUGCCUUCUAUGUAAGUAAUAGAAAAGAUGGGUUUUGCCUCAGUGGUAGCAUCCUGGCCAAAUCAAAGUUUUACGGUAACUCAUUAUCUGCCAUACUGGACGGAGAAGCCAGACUAACUUUCCUGAACAGGGGAGAGGAUUAUGUGAUGAAUAUGCCGUAUGCUCAUUGCAAAGGAAUUCUUUAUGGUACAUUGACUCUGGAGCUUGGAGGGCAGAUAAACAUCAUGUGUGAGAAAACGGGAUACAGCGCUUUGCUUGAAUUCAAACUGAAGCCGUUUCUAGGCAACAACGACAGUGUUAACCAAAUAUCUGGAAAAAUCAAACUUGGCAAGGAAGUACUGGCUACUUUGGAGGGCCACUGGGACAGUGAGGUCAUCAUCCACGAUAAGAAGACCGGAAUCUCCGACACGUUCUGGAAUCCCACUCCUGAGCUGAGGCAGAGCCGGCUGAUGAGGUGCACCGUGGUGACCGAGGAGCAAGAGGACUGGGAAUCGGAAAAACUGUGGCAGCACGUUACCCAAGCCAUCCAUAACAAAGACCAGAUGGAAGCCACCAACGAGAAGUACAUCCUGGAGGAAGCGCAGAGGAAGGCGACCCGGGAGAGGAAAGCCAAGUGCGAGGAGUGGAAAUGCAGGCUGUUUGAGCAGGACCCCAUCACGGGAGAGUGGCAGUAUAGAUAUGCAGAUACCAGACCUUGGGAUCCUCUGAAUGAUAUGGUACAGUUUGAGAAAGAGGGUUGGAUCCAGACUAAAGUCAGGCACCGCACACCUAUGGUACGUUCUGGGAGUGUAAUUAGUCUCAGUAACCAGGGGGCAAGGCGGGACAAUUGCAAAUGUCAGGUCACUGUUCCUAAAAGAAAGCGCAAGCAAACUGAUCAGCCAGGAAGUGUGGAGAGUGGAUGCUCCUCCCCCGAACCUGAUCAACGUGACUCUUCGGGCAGUGAAAGACACAAAAUAAAGCACAGCUCAAGGUUAAGGAAAAAAGGUGCCGACCUCAAUGAACUUCAAAGUGCCAUUGACUCUAUUAAACAUACCCAAGAGGAAAUUAAUAGAAGCAUCACUGCUCUCCGAAGUCGUGCCCUGGCGGGCCAGCCUCCACCAGAGAGCAAUUUCCUGCAGCAGAGGGAUUACGUCAUCAUCUUCCUCCUCAUCUUCAUCCAGAUCUUUAUAAACUUCCUGUUCAAGUAGCCAGGCUGCUCCAAACCAGGGCUGGAGAGCGAGGAGCAGAUGCUGGAGGAGAUGUGGGGAGAACUAGUGCUGUCCUUUCCCCUAACAGCUCCUGAAUGAAGCCAAGAAUUCUAUAAAUUAGUACAGGGAACCAAAAUGGGGGGGAAAAAACUAUUGGGUUGAGAUUUUAUAAUUCCUUACAAUUUUAAAAAUAUAUAUUAUUUAUAGGUCAUGUACAAUUUGCUGUCAAGACAGGCAAAUACAAUAAUGAUUGUGGAUCCUUUAGUUUAUUACUGACAUAUCUCUAAGAUCCUGUGUGGUGGAAAAUGAAUUAAAAGUACACCACUUGGCCACUUACAGAUUGUUGAGUAAAACAUGUAAGAAACAAAGUCAAAUGGACAAACAUUUCAGCUAACGCCUUCAUUACAGAAACACAGCGUUCUGGAUGUCACCAGAUUCCAGUGUACUAGGACUGAACAGUGCUGCAGGAAGCUGGCAAAGAACAAGGGCAACAUUUUGUAUGUAGCAUAAUGCCAACUCGCCCCAUAAAUGUUCUUUAGGAAUGAUAAUGGCAGUGUCAAUACAUACCAAAUAUGAAGUCACAUAACUAAUGUGUUGGGUCUUGAUAAAGUGGCUUCAAUACACAGCAGAACCUCAGAGUUAGGAUCCCCACAGUUACAAACUGACCAGUCAACCAAGUCAACUACUUGAGAUCAGACACAUGAAGAUCAGACAGUUAAACACAGGUCUCCUGGUUUACUUUUUUUCUGUUAUUGUUCCUCAAAUUAAAUCUGUAGGCCUUGCACAUAUAUUAAAUCAUUGGAAAUGAUACAUGUUUCAGAGUUACAGACAUUUCAGACUCCUAAGCAACCUCUAUUUCUGAUGUGUUUGGAACUCUGGGGUUCUACUGUAGGACCAUUUACAGCAGUGCAAUAAGGAACUUCUGAGAGAUAAGCAUAUGCAUUUGUAAACCACUUGGUUAUUAGCUCGCCAGAGCUGCAUAUUUUCCCUAACAUGUAUUUUGAAUGUCAAAGUAAUCCUUUUGGGAUCAAUUUGGUAUACCGUUUAAAAACAAAAAGGAAAGCAAUCUGAAAAGAAUGCUUUUUGAAUCAGUUAUUGGGUAAUACUGGGUUUCUGAAACAUAGAUGCUAUAGAAAUGUAAAUGUAUGGAAAUGCAGGCCUGCAAGCACUCCUUGCAUUGUACACCGCUCAUAACUUAUAGACGCAUAAACAAAACAAAAUAGUGCAAGCUCGUAGAAAAUGCCAAAUACCACGUGUAGAAGAUAGAUAUGGAGCGCUGGUACAGUGAAUGUAAAUGCACUGUAUUACUGUGCGUAAACUUUUUAACAAAAAAAUAUUUCUAUUGGUCCGUAAACACAUCUCUUGGAGCACCGAAUCGUUGAAGAUCACCUUAUUGCUCAUUGCUUUUGUUAUUUUGAAGUUGUCUGCAUAUCAGUUCUCGUCGCUGAAAGUGAGAAUUCAGAAUUCUGUAAUGAACUAUUGCUAAUCAGUGCCUUUUAGGAUGGAUCUGACUGGGAGAGGGGGGAAUACAUUCUGUCAUGUGGUUGUGCCAUAAAAAGCCUUUGAGAAGUCUGUGAACACAACUGUGGCUGUGCGUUUCUGUUUAACCUGCAGAAUUUCUCAUCAUUUAUUCCUGCCAUUGCAGCCUAAUUUUCUACGUUUAUUAGUUUACUGUCAUUGUUAACUGAAAAGGCACCUUCAAAAAGAGGCAAUUGUCUGUUUUAUUUCCAUAAUAUAUGUUUUGUUAUAUAAUAUUGGUUUUGUAACUGUCUGUUUUCCACACAAGUCGUUUUAUAGAAUAUCAUUUGAAACCAUCAGUAUUUUUUUUUCAAAAAUAGAGAUUCUGUUUAACAAAAGUGGGACCCGUCAAUGUAUGUAAAUGUCAAGCCUGUGUAUGUCCGUACAUGACUAUUUAUUUGUGAAACACUUCUUGUAAGCUUUUAUCAUCUACAGUAUCAUAUCUUAACAUAUCACCAAAAUAAAUCUUUUCAUUGG